GAGGAGGCGGGGCGAAUUCGGCUGCGCGCGCAGAUGACACUCACUUGAGACGCCAAGAUGGCGGCUGCCGUGUUUCGAGUCGCUUUGCAGGACUGGAGGAGCUGCAUGCGGUGGAGCUACGGGCGACGGAAGCUGAGCCAGACCCAGGGGCCUCCUGAUAACCCUGGCUUUGUGGAGUCUGUGGAUGAAUACCAAUUUGUGGAGCGCCUGCUCCCCCCUACCAAAAUCCCAGAGCCACCAAAACAUAAACAUUAUCCCACUCCUAGUGGCUGGCAGCCUCCCAGAGAUCCCCUUCCCAGCUUGCCCUACUUUGUUCGUCGCUCUCGGAUGCACAACAUUCCUGUCUACAAGGCGAUCACACACGGCAACCGACAGAUGACCUUGAUUCGGAAGGUGGAAGGAGACAUCUGGUUUAUCUUUCCCCAGGCUCUACAAAAGGAUGUGGAAGAAUUUUUGAGCCCACUGCUGGGAAAGACACCUGUCACCCAGGUUAAUGAGGUGACAGGCACUCUUCGAAUCAAGGGCUACUUUGAUGAGCAGCUUAAAGCCUGGCUUCUUGAGAAAGGCUUCUGAGGCCAGAUGAUCAGCCCAUGUGGCAGUGCUCUCCACAGACUGGCAUCCAGAGAGGAAGUGGAUUUGGAGUCUCUGGAAUGGGAUUCAGAGAACAGGGUUUAUACUUAGGACAAAAGGGCUUUGAGAUAAGGCUUUGCUUUCAUAGAGGGGAAGUCAACCUAGAUGUACAAGUGUCCACUUGAGAGCUGUCCAACAUGGGCGGCCACAGCAACAAUCAGACUAACAAAGGCAGACAUUAACUGCUAUACAGAUAAUCUCUUGUGCACUGUGUUGAGGCAUUACCUGUCAGUAAAAAGCUGAUGCCCAGUGAGCUGAGGCAGGAUUAUAAUGUGGGAAAUCUGUUAGGGAGAUUCACCCUGCACAUGGAUGAAGCAACUAGCCAUGUGGCAGACACAGCAAGCUUUAAAUGAGUUAUGAACUGGUGGGAACAAGCCUAGUCCAAGGCCAUAAGUAUUGUACAUACAAAUGAGCCUGUUAGUCCUAAUUCAGGAACUGGGCCAGGCGGGGUGUCAGUGGAAGAGCCUGACAUUAUAAACUGCUGUCCCUUUAUAAACUGUGGUAUAUUUCUUUAUGUUAGCUAUUCUGGAAGCAACACCCAACCCUGUUCUGGGAGCUUCAGGGGAUAGACCCAUCAGGGAAUCCAUCCUUAGCCUAGAGCUUCUGCUAUAGACAGACUGUGGUAGAAGCUGUGGAACACAUGACAGGAUGCAGGACAAUGACAUGAACUGGAAUGGAUGAGACAAAUAAAAUAGUAUCUUAGG